CACAAAGGUUCGUCGCCAUUAUCUGGUGGUGUGCAUCUUGGCUCUACUGAAGCAUCCAGAAUCGAUUCGUUCCUUGCUAAGUUCCUGACGCAACCUCAGGAUCGUGAAUAUGCCGAUUUGUGUAUGCUACCCGAGCUCACCGAGCAGACACUGCUCGAUAACCUGCGUGACCGCUUUGCGAGUGGUCACAUCUACACUUACAUCGGACCGAUACUGGUUGCGGUGAAUCCGUUCAAUUUCUUCCCCAUCUAUAAUCCAAAAUACGCUCGGCUUUAUUGCCAGAGUCGACAGCUUGGCUCCUUACCGCCACAUAUUUUCGCCAUUGCUGACAUCACAUAUCAUAGCAUGUUACGCAUCAAGGAAAACCAGUGUGUCGUGAUAAGCGGAGAGUCGGGUUCUGGCAAGACCGAAUCAACGAAUUUCCUGCUACAUCACCUGACAACGCUCAGUCAGAAGGGUUCAUCAGCUGGUAGCUCCGUCGAGCAAACCCUCCUCUCUGCAGGGCCUGUCCUCGAGGCAUUUGGAAAUGCCGUUACGGUGCAGAAUAAUAACAGCAGUAGGUUUGGUAAAUUCAUCAAAGUGAAUUAUCGAGAAAACGGAAUGGUUUCGGGAGCAAAUGUCGAAAUUUAUUUGCUUGAAAAAUCGCGGAUCAUUUCGCAGGCGGUUGAUGAACGGAAUUACCAUGUGUUUUAUUAUCUGCUGAACGGAGCGACAGAAGAGGAGCGCACAAAACAUUUCUUGUUGCAACCCACCGAUUACAACUACCUCAAUAAGGUUUGCAAAAGAGAUUCUUACCAGAAUCCGUCAAUUUGA